AUGCCGAAGAUAAAGUUGGAAGAUAUAGAAGUCAAAUUGGAAACCAUAGAUGUCAAAUUGGGAAAAGAUGACAUUGCGACGAGUUCAUCCAAAGCAACCAUCCCCAAAGUUCUAGAGAAAAGAGCUAGUCCAAUUGUCCGUGGAGAAAUCAAAAGUUCGUCGUCGAAGACGAUUCGUUCUAGAGUCGAUGACGAAGCAAGUGAGAAAGACAUGCCACCUAGUAAGCGGCUCAAAAAAACCAAUCUAGCAAGUCAGAGCAGCGAAGAGGGGGGUGGCCAAAUGGCGGUGUCCGAAGAACAGUUGCUACAAGUCGAAACUAACAAGACCAGAGAAGACCCAGUUAGACAGCCAAAGAAGUCCCGUGGCGAAAGCCCUGGAAACCACACCACAGGAGUUCCAUACAUAGACAUUGACAACGAUGAACAGAAGUUGGCUGCUUAUUUCGGCUACAGCGAUGUAGCACACCUUCGGGCACUAGCUAUGUCAUAUCAUGUCCUAUGGGUGUAUCACAGCUUCAAAUACAUUGCGAGGAAUCUCAGCAAGGAGCCAACCCUACGGCUUUUAGAUGACGAGGAACUGACAUUUCACAACGUGGUGGACCGCAAUAGCAAGUGGCCAGUAUUCGGCAUUUUCAAGGACGCAGACCCAGAAAAUAUUGUACGCCAUCUAGCAUGUAUCCUUGUCAACUUAAAGUGGGACCUAGAGAAAUUGAAGUCAGAUACCGCUCAAAAUAACGGUGAACUGCAGAAGAGACUACACACAUUCAGUGGUUCCAUACUUCUAAGAGAAAAUUCUGGUAAUAUAGUCUCAAUACCAAAUAUCAACUUCGAACCCACCGCCGCCACAGACCCCUCAAAGGCAUUCUGUAAUGUGGACUUUUUGUUGGGGCCCGUACUUCCGCACGAAAACAAGAUCGAAACAUUCAACCGGUUGUGGAAUUUGCUCAGAUACAUUAGAGAUACUUUGCAGUCCAACACAUGGGUGGAAAAGUUUGGACCCGAAGCUAUGCUCGUAAGUAUACCAGUCGAUGCUUCCCACAUACCAGCUUGGCUACGGCCACCGCAUAGGGAGGCAACUGAAAGUUCUACAUUGGUAGUUCCAGGCAAUCGUGAAAACCCUGUAUCAGAAAGCGUAGGGGAUCCUCUUCGGGGAAGUGUGACAGUAUCAGAUGCCAACAUUCGUCCAGGCUUAGGUUUGAUCGCAAGAGAAGUUUUACCACCAUCUAGCAAAGAACGACCAAAGGACAUCUUAGAACAGGGUAAGAAAAUGAGUCUUCGAAACCUAAAACAAGAAAUCGACAAAGCCAAGACGGAGAAACGGCGGUGGAGAAUGCGAGAAUCACUGUUGCGCGAGGUGCUUGAGCGGAGGGAACUGGGAGAAUGA